UUUUCAGUUUUUGGAAUGAUUGAUGAGUGUGAAUCCCAGGCUUUGUCUAGAGACAAUGCAGUUGAAAAGCUGAAGAACAACUGUGAAGACAAUCAGGAUAUCGUGAUGGCAAAAGAUGCCAUUGAACAAGAUAGCAUGGCAAAUGAAGGCACAGAUGAAGUAUCAAAAAUGAGUAACAAUGAUGGUCAAGCCAUGACCAAGGCAAAUGGUGCAAGCUCUAGCAUGCCUCCAAAUGUGCCUCCACCCACUCAGAUCAACAAGAUCAAAACUAUUGGACCUGCCAUAGUGAAGAAGGACCGGAGGCAAGGCUCCUCUCGAUUCAAUGUUAGUCAGAACCGAGAUAUCACCAAACUUCCCAGCUUGAAAGGUGGUAUUGACCCAGCCAAGCAAGAGAAGAGACGAGAUGUCGUCACUCGAUGA